AUGCAAAUGCUGAAUGUGGCACAAAACCCGAUUUUUGCAGAACAUGGACUCCCGUACUUCAAAUCCAUGGAUAAAGUUUAUGGGAUUAAACCAGGUGCUGAUCAGUAUGCAUGUAUGAUUGACCUUUUGGGGCGCUCAGGAAAGAUGCACGAAGCCAAGGAGUUGCUCAAUGAAAUGGUUGUGGAACCUGAUUUGGAUCGAGAUGAACAGCAAAGUGCACACUUUAUGUCGGAAGAUAGAAGCCAUCCAAGGACCAAUGAGAUUUACUCAAAGGUUGACGAAGUUCUGAUAUUGAUCAAGGAAGCUGGGUAUUUUCCAGACAGGAAUUUUGCACUCCAUGAUAUCAAUGAAGAGGGCAAGGAACUCAGACUUGCCUACCACAGUGAGAAGUUGGCUGUUGCUUUUGGGCUUCUCGUUGUGCCACAGGCAGCGCCUAUUCAUAUUUAUAAGAACCUUUGCGUCUGUGGGGACUAA